CAUAGCACUCGGACCGCAAUCAUUCGGUUGUCUUCCUUGUUCAAUUAGCUCGCUCGCUCGCUCUCUCUCCCUCCAUUUUCAAUUCUCUGCAAAACCGAUCACCAACAUCGCAGCCAGGCCGACUAUAAAUGCGGUGUUCGAAACCUAAUCUCCUCUGCAAUAACAUGACAAUUUCCAAACAGCAGCUCAUUGACUCACUCACCUCCCACAUUUCUCUCUACAAUUCACACUCCGCCACUUCCUCUAACCCUAAUCCCAGAUCAUCCAUUCUAAAAUGGUUCUCAUCUCUCACGGUUCACCAACGCCAGGCUUAUCUCACUACCGUCGACUCCAAUUUCACGCAACUCCUCUUCCGGAUGCUCCGCAAGCUUAAAUCCAACGGCCAUGGGGUCUUCAUUAUCCUCCCCGAUAUUCCCGACAGCACGACCACCGCCACCGCAGGUAGCAGUCUUCCCAGCGUCUGUUUUCGGAAGUCACAUGGACUGCUAUCUCGAGUUGCGGAGAACAAUGAGGCCGAGAGAUUGAUUCGAGAUGCUGUUCGGCUUUUUGACUCGAAAGAAGGGGAGGGGAUCGAUGCGUGUUCGUGUUCAGCUAAUUGUUUAGAUUCUUUAACUGUGAGCGAGGAUCUUGUGGGGAGCGUGGAUACGUUUGUGGGGGCUAUGGAUGGCGUUUCAAACGGGGGGUUUUUGAGGGGGGAGGAAAGCUGUAUUGGCUCGGAAUGGGUGGAACUGGACUGGUUGAAGGCGAAAGGGUAUUAUAGUGUUGAGGCAUUUAUGGCAAAUAGAUUGGAGGUGACAUUAAGGUUGUCGUGGUUGAAUUGCACUAAUGGUAAGAAGAGAGGUGUUAAGUUGAAAGAUAAAGUUAAUUUUGCCGGUGUAGCUGCAAAUACAUUUUGGAGGAAGAAGGGGUGUAUAGACUGGUGGGAAAAGCUGGACGAAGCAACAAAAGGGAAGGUGUUUAAAACAGCUUUGGGGAAAUUGGCCAAAUCUCUGGCUGCAGAGAUUGUGAAAGGAAGAAAAGAUGUACUUGAUGAUAAUGUGUGGCACUGUGGCAAUGAAGUUGAUCUGCUAUUUAGGUGCAACACUACUACGUCAUAUCAAGAAUGCCCUGCCAAUUUCAGUGGGACAGAUGAAGGUUCUUUAUGGAACAAAAUCCCUACAUCGGUGUCUGGGAUGCCAUCAUCCUUGAUUUGUAUACUUAGAGGUUUAUCUGUUCUUCAGAAUAUUUCCACCAUGUUAUUUGAAUUUCAACAUACUUAUUAUGAAAGAGAGAGACUGUACUUUAGCUCCUUAGAAUCUAUUAGCUCCAUUUCUGAUUGUAUAUUAAGAAGGUUGCGAGUUGUACUUAUGGUUAUCUCACUCGAGUGUACUAAAGUUGAAUUACUAGAUGAUGGAAAAUUAAAUUCCUCUUUUAAGAAAAACAAGGAGAAAGUUGGCCCCGGCAACAAUAAGAAAAGCCGGAAGAACCGUAAAGUUAAAAAGCCAAAUCCUGUUCCAAAGCUCAGUACAGAUGAUGUUGCAUUAAUGAAAUCUCCUCAGGAUGAUGGAUUUCGAUUAGCCCGUGGUGAAGAUGGACAUAUUUGCACAUCAAGUGGCUUGGAUAAUAAACUUGAACAGAUGGACUUUGAUAGAGACACUAUUCCUUCAACACUUCACACGGUUGGAAAUGGAAAAGGGCAAAAUACUAAUACUGUUCGAAGCGUCUCUAGGAAGAAGAGAGGAAGAAGUAAGCGUAAAAACCCUACCUCCAAAAUUUCAGCAGAAGCUGGCAAUUGUGAGAUAAAUUGUGCCAGACCUUCCACUCUAUCUGAAGAUGGGGAUACAACAUCUGCUUGCAUAUCUGAAAAUUCAGUUGUUGAGAAUUCGUCAAAAGUUGUUGCUAAUGAGGAUCACAAUGUUGAACCAAUUUCAAGCUGUUCUGGGGCUGUGCAGAUGGACAGUACAGCACAACUCACCAAGGGAUGUCAUUCAACUGGUUGUGCAGAAGGCAGCAAGAAUCCUGCUUCGUUGCUCUGUCAGACCACAGAGAGUAUGGUAGAAAAUAAAAGUUCAGCUGUUGCCUUGGAAACCACAAAUCAAAAUAUUAAUUCUGGUGUAACUUCUGUGAUACCUGUGAUUGAACUUGGUAACAAUCUUGUAACCCAUGAUAUGAGCAAUGGAAAUUGUAAUGGCAUAAAUAGAAAGGGUAGGAAACAUGGUGUAACGGGAAAGCAAACCAAUGUUGGUGAUCAGGAAGCAAAAAUCUUCUCACGUCAGGAGCGUGGAAGUAUUGAUGUUUAUAAUAGUGGGCCUGCAAAUGCUUCAACUUACCUUUCUUAUGAAUGGCCCAGUGUAGCUCCUAUCCACUUCCCAUCGGGUAAUUCACAUCUCCCACCUGCCACCGAUAGACUGCAUCUGGAUGUUAGUCACAACUGGCAAAGUCAUUAUCACCAAUCUUAUGUACGUACUGUACAUCAUGUGAGAAAUUCCUCAAUUGAAUCAGGGCGUACUGGAAUUAUAUCUAGGCCUUUAGCAAUGAGUCUUGAUUGGCCCCCUAUAUUACGUGGUGUUAAUGGGGUUACUCCAUCUGUCACCUGCAAUUAUGAUACUGGAUUUAUCUCAAGGAGACCUUCUUCUUUUCAACAGGACUUGGCAACACAAGGCAUUCAUUGCAAAGCAAUGAGUGCUGAUGAUGAAAGGGUGUAUUCUGGUGAAUUCUUUGAUUUUUCUGAUCCUACAAAUACACAGGAAGUGUGUGAUGAACAUGAUAAUCACCGAAUGUCAGAAGAAGAGUUAGAGGUCCAUGGUCUUUCUGGAGUCGAUUAUAAUCAAUACUUUGGUGGUGGUGUGAUGUACUGGGAUCCUUCUGAUUAUCUGGGGACCAGCUUUUCACGUCCUCCCUCUCUUAGUUCAGAUGAUAGUUCAUGGGCUUGGCGAGAGGCAGAUAUGAGUAGGGCUGUUGAUGAUAUGGUUGCAUUCUCUUCCUCCUACAGUACAAAUGGCUUGACUUCACCUUCUGCUACUCCCUUUUGCUCUCCAUUUGAUCCUUUAGGUUCUGGAACUCUCAGUUACGUUAUACCAGGAAGUGAAGUUAAUAGUGGCAAGGUUCCUCAAUCCUCAUCGACACCAACAGAUCUAGUGGGAGAGGAGAAUGCUUCAGCUUCCUUGUCCAAUAUGUCUGUUGAUAGUGAGACAAAGGCUGGGGAUACACUCCCAUACCCCAUUCUAAGACCAAUUAUCAUCCCAAAUAUGUCUAGGGAAAGAUCAAGAUCUGAUUUUAGGCGUAGUCAUGAUCGUACAAGUCCUUGCAUUCCUCCCAAUAGGCAAGAGCAACCCCGGAUCAAGAGGCCACCUUCACCUGUGGUCCUUUGUGUUCCACGUGCCCCUCGAUUACCUCCUCCUUCUCCUGUUGGUGAUUCAAGAAGACACAGAGUUCCAACUGUUCGCUCUGGUAGUACCAGUCCUAGGCAUUGGGGUAUGAAGGGCUGGCUUCAUGACGGAAUUAACUUUGAAGAAGCUUGUAUACGCAUGGAUGGGAGUGAAGUUGUUUGGCCAUCAUCUUGGAGAAGUAAAAGCUUUUCAGGUCAUCAGUUAACACAGCCUCUGACCGGAGCUUUACUGCAAGAUCACCUAAUUGCGUUAUCGCAGUUAACUCGUGAUCAGGAGCAUCCAGAUGUUUCAUUUCCUGUACAACCUCCUGAAAUGCCAAACUGCUCUGCUGAAAAGGCAUCUCUCAGUUUGAUCCACAACCACCUUCAUGAUGAAAUUGAUGCAUUUUGUAAACAGGUUGCUGCUGAGAAUUUGAUCAGGAAACCUUACAUUAAUUGGGCCGUGAAGCGUGUUACACGGUCUCUACAAGUCUUAUGGCCCAGAUCCAGGACAAACAUCUUUGGUUCAAAUGCAACAGGUUUGUCACUUCCUUCAAGUGACGUCGACCUAGUGGUCUGUCUUCCUCCAGUUAGAAAUUUGGAACCUAUUAAAGAAGCUGGUAUCCUGGAGGGACGUAAUGGUAUCAAAGAAACAUGCCUUCAGCAUGCAGCAAGAUAUCUUGCUAACCAGGAGUGGGUUAAAAAUGAUUCCCUCAAGAUUGUGGAGAAUACUGCUAUACCUAUUAUUAUGCUUGUGGUGGAAGUUCCUCAUGAUUUCAUUACCUCCUCUUCUUCACAUUCCCAAACACCAGAAGCCCAGACAAUCAGUGAAGGCAAUCCUUUUCAGGCUGAUGGUACAAGUUCUGAGAGCUCUACCUCACCAAAAUGGCCCAAGAUGAAUGACUCUGGCAAGGAUGUAAAAUCAGUCCGUCUUGACAUUAGUUUCAAAUCACCAUCACAUACAGGACUGCAGACCUCUGAGCUGGUUAAAGAGCUUACUGAACAAUUUCCUGCUGCAAAACCUCUUGCUUUGGUAUUAAAACAGUUUUUGGCAGAUCGAAGUCUGGACCAAUCGUAUUCAGGUGGUCUAAGUUCUUAUUGUCUGGUAUUACUGAUAACAAGGUUUUUGCAGCAUGAGCAUCAUCAUGGUCGCUCCACUAUCCAAAAUUAUGGAAGCCUGCUGAUGGAUUUUCUCUAUUUCUUUGGGAAUGUUUUUGAUCCUCGUCAAAUGCGUGUCUCGAUACAGGGUAGCGGCUUAUACAUAAAUAGGGAAAGAGGGUACAGCAUUGAUCCAAUUUAUAUAGAUGACCCACUUUUUCCCACCAAUAAUGUGGGUCGGAAUUGCUUUCGUAUACAUCAAUGCAUCAAGGCAUUUGCUGAUGCUUAUUCUACUUUGGAAAGCGAGAUUACAUUGCUUCCUAGUAAUGAUGACUCGAGUGCAAGAAUGCCUUCACUAAAGCUACUUCCUAAAGUUAUUCCAAGCAUUAUGCAGUUGGAGGGUUUCCAAUUAUCAGGAGAUUAACAAUAUACUUGAAAUGUUUGCUAAAUAGCUCGCCAUGUUUCUGAGGCAAGCAUGGGACGGCAUAUUGGAGUUGUGAGUGGUUGACCUCCUCCACCAAAUGACCCUUCUCCUAUUGCUUGCACAUGGCUGUAAUGUCUUCCCAGUGUUGUUGGAAGUAAAGAAGACCUGGAGAAGUUCUAGUCACUCUCAGGCAGUCUAACUGUUAUUUUAGUCGAUUAAUUUUCUCACAGUGCGAGUUGGUGGGGUACGCUUUGCUACUAUGCCCAGAUCACAUGACAUCUUGGGCUUUACUGCUCACAUCUUGAAUUGUGGUAUCAAUAUCAGGCAGCAAGACUAGCUUCUGAUUACAUGUGGUGCCUGCACUUUCAUGCUCAAGAACUGCCUUAUUUCAGAUGCUAUCCGGGUGCUGUUAUGAUGUUCUAUAUGGGAUGAUGAAGAGGAUAUCAUCAGUUUACCUUUACCCAAACCUUGACCAGGUUGUAUCCUUAUUUCCUUUUACAUGGGAAUAUCCUAUACAGAACAGAAGUGAUAGAGUACGUUUUUCUUCAUGAGAUUGAUUGUACAUGAACAGGCAUGUUUAAGAAAGUGGAUGUAACACUAUUAUUGUACAGGCUAGAAGUUGAGCAAUUUGCAAGCAUAUACAUACAUAUAUAAAGAGAAAUAAAUUUACAGUUUCAAUUGUA